CUGAAAAGAAAGAGAAAGAAAGAAAGAAAAAGAAAAAGGCGGGAACGUGAUCGUUCCUCUUUACAGACACACCAACCAAGCAUUCUUUCUUGAGUCCUCGGCUCUGUCUCUGUUUUAAAGGAGAUCAACGUUUAACGACAAAACUUCUUCCUUAGCUUUACUCCCGGAAGCUUGAACUGGUGACCCACAGAACCCCUAUUUGCUGCCCCAAACCGCCCUCAGCCGUUAUCCCGACCUUCAGCUUUACCAGUCCUCGAUAAUACCACAACGACAUCGGUGGAAGCGGGCCCUCAGAUUCGGGCAGUCAGUUUCAGUCAAUGGACAGCCUUACUGGCGUUAUCGCGAACGUGGGCAGAGAGGUUAAGGCAGCCUUGCUCUCGGCUCCCUCGUGCUCAUCGGAAAAGAGCCUGUGUGUGGAAGAGUCGAGAAGCGGAGAAAGCAGUCAGGACGAGACAAACGCCGAGUCCGACCUCAGUAGCGAUGAAGAGACAGUUCUCAAUACCCAUCUCGAUCUGCUCCAGCGGCGGCCCGAGCUCGACGAGCUCAACGAGAUCAAGACAACGCCCUUGUUCACGGAAGCAGUCCGUAAGCACGCAAUUUCGGUGUCGUCCAAAACCACCGAGAAACCUUUCAGUCAGUAUGGCCUGUUGGGCGGCAACCUCACCGGCGACAUCAGUGGUGGUGCCUCGUCUGACCCCCGUAUCUUUUGGAACAUUGCCGCGCCCUCCAGCUUCUUCAUCUGUGGUAGCCAGGGGUCUGGUAAAAGCCACACUUUGUCAUGCCUUCUGGAGAACGCCCUGGCGCCAUGCAAGGCGAAUGUGCUGCCGCGCCCACUGACGGGCAUUGUCUUCCAUUACGACACAUUCACUUCCGAUUCAGGCGGAUCUCCUUGUGAGGUGGCUUGGCUGUCCUCAAACCCGGACAUCAAGGUGCGGAUCUUGUGUCCACCAACGAAUAUCCGGACCUUGCAAGACAUGUACAAGAAGUUCCCUAGCAUCAGAGUUGAAGAGCUCCGGCUCAACGAAUCCGACCUCAACACCAAGAGGAUGCUGGACCUCAUGGCCGUCACCACAGGCGGCAAUCUCCCUCUAUAUCUCCACGUUGCCCAGCGCAUCCUUCGUGACCUACGCGUGAAUCAGCAAAAGACAGGUGCCGGGUUCAGCUACACUGCAUUCAAGAAGCAGCUUGCCCUCGAAAACCUGACCGAGAUGCAGCUGGCGCCGCUAAAACAGCGCCUCGAGACGCUGGAGUCGUUCAUGGUUGAACACCAGGCCAAGGCGUUCGACAUGUUUCAUGCUACGAAGAGUGCCAAGUCGCGCCGAUCCGCAGCAGUAAAAGGCACGUCUUGGGAACCCCAGAACGGACACCUUACCAUCGUGGACCUAUCCUGCCCCUGUGUCACCCCGGAGAUGGCUUGUUCGCUCUUCAACAUCUGUCUCUCCCUCUUCCUGGAGCAGAACCCGUCCGGAGUUGGUCGGCUUGUCGCCCUCGACGAGGCUCACAAGUACAUGACGGAGUCGCAAGAGUGCAUGACGCUCACCGAGGCCUUGCUGGGGACGAUCCGCCUGCAGCGGCACCUCGGCGCCAGAGUGAUCAUCUCGACGCAAGAGCCGACCAUCAGCCCCAAGCUGCUGGACCUGUGCAGCGUAACGGUCGUGCACCGGUUCACCUCGCCGGACUGGCUAAACGCGCUGAGAAGGCACCUGGCGGGUGUGGCAUCGAGCGGCAGGUUGCUCGAGAAAGCCAGGAAGCUGAAUUUGGGUGAUGACGGCGACGAGGAAGGUGUUGAUGGCGCCGGCUCGCUCACCCUAGGCGACACCGAUCCGGUGCUGGAACUGUUUUCAAGGAUCGUGGAUUUGCGGGUCGGCGAAGCUUUGUUGUUUUCACCGAGUGCUAUCGUGGGGGUAAAGAAGAAGAGGGACGACGAGGGCGGUGCGUUGGGCGAUGUCCAACGUCUCGGCCACGGGAUCUUGAAAGUGCGAAUCCGCAACCGGACGACGGCUGACGGGGGCAAAAGUAUCAUGGCAACUUAAGAGUGACUUUUGGCGUGACAUGUUGGGUUGUUGGUGUAUGGCGUUGUGGGAAGCUCCCGUCUCUGGGGAAAGCCGGUGUGGGGUUGCCAUGAUGGGCCGUAUUGUAU